CGAUACAUCGCAGCGCCUUCACUCAAUUCUCUCCAUGCGACAGCUUCGGUUGAUACUUUCGUCUCUCAUGGUCGCGAAAUCUUGUUGAGGUUAAGUAGUAUCAAACACGCAUAUACGUGAAAUAGUAUCGAGUAGUGUUAAAAUAUAAAAUGUCAGGCGGUGGUACACAGAGACUAACAUCCUACCGACUGCCACGAGAUCUGACACUAGGUGGAAAUGCUAAGCCUGAAAAGCCCAAGAAGGUGUAUAUACCAAACCUUAAUGUGCAGAAGAACAAGAAAAAAGACGAAGCGACACCAGUUAAAGUUGAGGCUACAAAACCAAAUGACAGAGAGCGUGGAAGAGGACGAGGGAGAGGAGAUGGCAAGCAUGGAAGAAACAAGGGAAAUAUAAUACAAUCUGCUAGUAUAUGGUCGGAGGGAAUAUUUACAGCACCCACAGUUAGUAGAAGAUCCUAUAAUUCCGGCAGUGGCACUAGUAGAAGUACUGAAAAAUAUCCGGAAAAAUCAAAGCUAGAUAUGAAUAAAUUUAUCACUAACACAGAAGAAGAAGAAAAAUUAAAAAAGCUAUUAAGUGAUGAUCUUGACGAUGAUGCAAAUCCUGAUGACAAAUUGGACCCUAUUUCACUGCCAAGGGUUGUAAAAGAAGAAUUUAGUGAUGAAGAAAUUGACACGAAACCAGUCAUUUCAGAAAAUGGUGAAGUUAUAAAUAUAAAAGAGGAAACUUUAAGCGAACAAAGUAAAAAGGAAGUUACCAUUCCCCAAAUAAUCGAAAACAAGACUAAUCCUUAUGUAUUAAUGCAGUUUCCAGACUGUUGGCAAAAUGUAGAAUCUAGUCAAGAAGGAUCAAAGCCAAAAGGACCAAACGACUCUAAUACUUGUAAUGAAAAUGACAAUAAAGCAAAAAGCGAGUAUCGUGGUUUGAAUAGCUUAAAAAGUGGUCUAUUAGGCAAACUUGAGAUUUUAAAGUCGGGUAAAGCGAGAUUAUGUAUUGGCGAAAAGUAUUUUUCCAUCGAUAUUAAUGCACAGAAAGAUUUCCAGCAGGAGCUUUUAGUUGCAAAAGUUGAUAAUAUAUCAUUAACUGGUGAUCUCGUCAAUCUUGGACCAGUAAACAACCAUUUACUUUGUUCACCAGACUUGCAAACUAUGUUGAAAAAUUCGUAAAUCUUUAUACAUAUAAAUGUAAUUUUUAAUAAAUAGUUAAUAUGAAAGAAGGAUAUCAAGAGCUGAAGGAGAUUUGCGAGCAACAUGUAAUUCAGAUUAUAAUUGUGAGUAAUUUUGUAUUUUCUUUUCCAGUGUACUAGAAAAUAUGUAGGUUAUUAAAUAAAAUACAUUGCAUUCUGUAAAUUCUGUAUGGCGAUUCUGAUGUCUAGAAGAAAUUAGGAGUCACUGUAAAAUAGAAAUUACUAUAUCAUUCGGGGGCAUACUCUGAGGUUUCUGCAAAGUAGGUUUUUAAUAGCUCUUGCAUGAGUUGUGUGCCAUAACAUCAUUCGAUGCAAUUUAUUGUAUUCUCUAAACAUUGCAUUAAAGACUAAACUUUAUACAAAUAAACACAAAUCAAUCAC